GCUGCUUCCCCGAGGGCGCGGACAGCUGCGAGCGCGCGCAGUAUCGGAGAUGCUGCGCGCAGGAAAUUGGCUGCCACCUCCCGGACCUUCCACUGUCGAGAGCUGGUGAUGGGCCGCCUCCACAAGGGGGAGAAGGUGCGCGUCCGAUCCGACUUCCAGUCCGACGACGAGUCUCCCUCGGAGGUGUCAAAGGGCAUGACGGGACGAGUGAUCCGCAUCGACCAGGACGGGGAUGCCUUCAUCAAGUUCUGGCAGGACGAGUAUGACGACGACUUUCGGCGAUACUGGGUGCACAGACCCACCUUCUGGGAGCACCUAGAGGUGCCUGGAAGAAUGGCGGAAUUGCGAGCUGCUAAGGUGGUCUCCUGCAUGAACAACUGCACCCUCACGCAGGAGUGCCGCAUGCAGGAGAUGAGCAGGAAGGAGCAGAAGGCCUUCCAGAAGUGUAUGAAGGGGUGCAAGAUGGAUGAGUGCAACGAGGAGCGGGAGUGCAAGAUCAUGAUGGAGGCCUACUCCACCUGCAAGCAGCGCACCGCGCAGUCCCGCGAGUGUGACCCCGAGCAGCGCAAGGGAAAGGGCCGCGGGUCGGAGCUCUGA